AUGUGCCAGAUUCCCAUAGCUCUUCUCGAAUUCAUAGCGAUCCUGCCCAUGAAAGAUUUAGUUUAUCAAGGAAUUUCACUUUUGCCAGGCAUCCUAAAAGGCUGCUUCCAUCUCGAAAAUGGCGUUCAGUUUCGCCUUCGCCUCAUCUUUUCGUCGACGGCCCCAACAAGUCUCGAUCGUUGUUGUAUGAACUGGUUCCGAGGCGGGAGCAUUGCCGUCUGGGCGUAA